CUUCCUACCAUAACACCACCCCUCCUCCUGCUUGUUGCCUCUCGUCCGUUGAACCACCGCAAGGAAUGCCCGGGAAAAAAGCGAACAAGGCCAAGGCGGCGCUGAGCAAAGCGAAAGAGAUCGUCAAGCCGAGCGUGCAGAUCCCGAAACCGGACGCGUCGCCGGCGAGCGCGGGGCCGAAGACGCCGAAGACGCCCGCUGACGAGGGGCUCGAGUUUUUCGAGGGCGCGGUGAAGGAGGGAGAGGGCGAGAUACAGGUGUAUGAGCUGAGACUUGACCCCGAUGGCGGGCCCAGCAAGGAGCGAUCGUAUAUCCGACUGCCUCCGGCGUACGUGCCGUAUAUCUUGCGUGUGUCGCUGGACGCCGGUACCCCCGCGUCGAGAAACGGCGUGUUCAAGACGAACUUUCCUCUGGACGGUGGCCAAUUUGAUCGUGCACGCUUUUCCGAGCGCAAGCUACCUACCGAUUUCUCCAAGCCGAUCCAGAUCGACCUGCCCAUCUCGCACGCUGGCGCGUUCUGCUACUGGGUCGAGUACGACAAUGACGUCGAUGGCUCUCGGGUGAAGGGCCGCGAAGGGUACUUCAACAUCGAUCCUGUCCUCAAGACGAAGGCGCGCGCUCCCAUCGUCAAGGACGGGAAGAUCAGCGGCGAUGGUCUCAAAGUCCUGCCUGAUGAUAUUCGUUUGCCAUUGGACGGGCUGUCCAUCCUCACCGUGGUCUCUAAGUGGAUGGGCCCGGUGUCGCAGUGGGAGAAGCACUUCCAGGAGGCCCAGGAGCGAGGAUACACGAUGCUUCAUUACACCCCAUUGCAGAAGCGCGGGACCAGCGAUAGCCCGUACUCGAUCAAGGAUCAGAGCACUUACGAUCCUUCUCUGUUCGAGUCGAAGGAUGAUCUCAAGGGCGGAGGCAAGGAGAAGAUCGAGAGGGUGCUCGCCAUCGCCAAGGAGAAGUAUGGGCUUCUGAGCCUGACGGAUGUCGUCCUCAAUCACACCUCAAACGAUAGUCCUUGGCUGCUCGAGCACCCUGAAGCUGGCUUCAGCCCUGCCAACACUCCCCACCUAACCCCGGCCUUCGAGUUGGACACCGCGAUGCUCACGCUCUCUGGCAACCUGGCAGCGAAGGGCCUACCUACGCGAGUCAACUCCGAGGCCGACGUUGAUACGCUCGUCGCCGCGUUCCACGAAGAGAUCAAGGGUCUCAAUCUGUGGCAGUAUUACGUCCUGAACACGGAGCGGGAGAAGCAGGACGUCAAGGCUGCGCUGUCAGCGGGCUCUGUCAAGCCCUGGGACGGCCCCGCCGUCGCCGGGAAACCCGUCACCGAGCUCGCGGAGAUCGUUCGCUCGGCGGCCAAGAUCGAUGGCUUGGGAAAGCUGGCGAAGCGCUUCGGUGUUCGCGUCGAGGGGGGUGUCGCUGCGGGUCUCGUGAAGGCGGCGUUUGUCGAGCUUGGGGAGAACCCGGAUCAGCUCGCGGAGGCGUGGGGCCGCGUGGUGGACGUUUUGAACGUCGACCUGUACAAGGAAUGGGAAGGAGACACCGCAUCUGCUCUCGAACAGACCAAGGGUCGGAUCAAGUAUACGCGCCUAGAUGCGCAUGGUCCUCGCCUUGGAGAGAUCUCAAAGGAGUCCCCCUUGGUGGAGACCUACUUCACUCGUCUGUACCCCAAGUACGAGGAAGACCCGCUCAAGUACUCCGUGGCAAAUAACGGGUGGAUAUGGGGUGCAGAUCCGCUGGCCAACUUCGCCCUUCUCCCCUCCAAGGCCUAUCUCCGUCGCGAGGUCAUUGCUUGGAGUGACUGUGUCAAGCUCCGUUAUGGCGACGGCCCGGAGUCCAAUCCCUGGCUCUGGGAGUACAUGACGUCGUACGUGACCUCUCUCGCGUCGUCGUUUGACGGGUUCCGUAUCGACAACUGCCACUCGACGCCGCUGCACGUCGGUACAGCGAUGCUCGACGCCGCGCGUGUGGUCAACCCGGACCUGUAUAUCUGCGCGGAACUUUUCACCGGGAGCCAGGAGAUGGACCUGGUAUUUGUGAGCCGCUUGGGCAUCAACAGUUUGAUCCGCGAGGCGGGCAAUGCCGACUCGCCGAAAGAGUUCUCGCGGAUACUCUACAACUAUGGUCUCGGCAAACCGAUAGGCUCCAUGGACGGCGCCUGUUUGACCUCCAAGGAAGAACUACCUCCCCCAACCGGAAAGGGACCGGUCAGGCAAUGCAUCGUCACACCGUUGAACGGCAGCGUACCGCACGCGUUAUUCUAUGAUCUCACCCACGAUAAUGAAUCGUAUCUGGACAAGAUUUCGGCGGAGCACGCGCUGUCCGCUGCCGCUCUCGUGACGUUCGGGUUCUGCGCAACAGGUUCGGUGAAGGGUUUGGACGACCUGUACCCCAAGCUGCUCAACCUCGUCGGAGAGAAGAGGAAGUACGAGGUGACGAGCUUGGCCGAAAACAGCGGCAUUGCCAGGGCCAAGAGGGUGUUGAACGCGUUGCAUACGGAGAUGGUCCUCGGAGGAUACCAAGAGGGCCAUGUUCACCAAGAGAAUGACUAUAUUGUCUUGCAUCGCGUGCAACCGGGCACACAGAAGGGAUAUAUACUUGUGGCCCAUACCGCCUAUGCUCGAGGCUCGAAGGACCGAGGCUACAUCAACCCCUUCAGACUUGCUGGAACGAAGGUCAACUUCGUCUACGGUGCCACUCUUGACAUUCCUUCGUACGAGGAUAUCAGCGACAGUACCACCAUCCGUGGCCUGCCUGGAAAGCUAAACGAGUUGCCCCCGGUCGUUGUUCCUCAGAGCAUCGGCGAUGAAGGCCCCUACACCGAGCUCGUCGUGCCUGAGUACUUCCCUCCCGGUUCCAUCAUGGUCUUCGAGACCCAGAUGGCGGGUCUAGACUCAACACUGGACGCGUUUUGUGCCGCUGGCGCGCAGGAGGCCUUCGCAGAUUUGGACCUCAUCGACCUGAAUGUCGUCCUUCACCGCUCUGAAGGCGAAGAGCGCGACGCAACCAAGGGAGAGAUUGGGGCGUACGAUGUUCCGGGCAUCGGCAAACUCGUGUACUGCGGGUUGGAAGGUUGGAUGCAUCCUCUCCGCCAUAUCAUGCGGUACAAUGACCUUGGUCACCCUGUGUGCAACAACCUGCGAGCGGGACCUUGGGCGUUCGAUUAUGUCCACACCCGUUUGUCGAAACAGGUUGACGUCUUCCCAAAUCUCGCGAAGCCCGCUCAGUGGUUCAAGGAGCGUUUUAUGCGCAUCAAGUCGGAGGCACCGCCUUUCCUUCGCCCCAAGUACUUCGCCAUCGUUAUCUCCGAGGCAUACAAGGCUGCGCGGACGAGCGCCGUCGAGCAAAUGUCUGAAUUCGUCUCGACCGGUCACUCCUUUACACAGGACCUUGCUUUGUGCUCCGUGCAGAUGCACGGCAUGGUGCAAUCUGCUUCCCUUGACCCGGGUAAGCCGACGCCGUCGCUGGCAGCCGGACUUCCACACUUUGCCGCGGGUUGGGCCCGGUGCUGGGGUCGGGACGUGUUCAUCUCACUCCGUGGACUGUUCUUGACCACGGGCAACUUCGACGGCGCGAAGAAGCACAUCAAGGCUUUUGCGUCCACGCUCAAGCACGGUUUGAUCCCGAACUUAUUGGACUCGCUCCGGGCUCCUCGCUACAACUCGCGCGACUCGCCGUGGUGGAUGGUCCAGAACAUACAGGAUUACUGCGCCUUCGCUCCGGAGGGCGUCGCUUUCCUGAGCGAAUCGGUUCCUCGGAGGUUCCCGAAGGAUGAUACCUGGGUGCCUUGGAACGACCCCAGGGCGUACGCGUACUCGAGCACGAUCGCCGAGAUCAUCCAAGAGAUACUCCAGCGACAUGCAGAUGGCAUUCACUUCCGCGAAUAUAACGCGGGGCCAAACCUAGACAUGCAGAUGUCGGAUCCGGGCUUUAACAUCGAUAUCGAUGUCGACUGGAAGACGGGCAUCAUCUUCGGCGGUAACGCGCACAACUGCGGGACGUGGAUGGACAAGAUGGGCGAGUCGGUUAAGGCGGGGACGAAGGGUGUUCCGGGCACCCCUCGAGACGGCGCGCCAGUCGAGAUCACGGGUUUGCUGAAGAGCACUUUGAGGUGGCUGGCUCAGCUGUCCGAGAAGGGCAAGUUCCCGUUCAAGGGUGUGGAGGCCGAAAUCGAUGGAACGCGCCGCCUCGUUACGUACCAGGAAUGGAGCGAUCUGCUACAGAGCUCAUUCGAGAAGUCCUAUUACAUACCGUUAGAUCCUGCGGACGAUCUCCUCUAUGACGUGAACACGAGUUUAGUGAACCGACGCGGUAUCUACAAGGACGUAUACCGAUCCGGCCCGGGACGCGAGUGGUCGGACUACCAGUUCCGGCCCAACUUCCCCAUCGUCAUGACCGUCGCGCCGGAACUGUUUGACCCUGUGCAUGCUUUGGGUGCUCUUCAGCUUGCCGACAAGCACCUCCGAUCGCCUCUGGGCAUGAGCACGCUCGAUCCUGCAGAUCUGCAGUACCGGCCGUAUUACGACAAUGCGAACGACAGUGACGACCCAGCCGUCGCGAAGGGGCGGAACUACCACCAAGGUCCGCCUUGGAUGUGGCCCAUUGGGUACUUCUUGAGGGCGUACCUCCACUUCGACACUCGUGCCGGCGCUGGCAAGGAUGACAAGACGCGGACGUUGCAUCACCUGCACACCGCCCUCCUCCCUGCGCGCGAACACGUCCAGAAGGACCCUUGGAGGGGCCUUCCUGAGCUCACCAACAAGGACGGAGCGUUCUGCCCCGAUUCCUGUACCACCCAGGCCUGGAGUUCGAGCUGCAUACUCGAUUUCCUGCAGGAGGUCAAAGCACUCACCUAAAUCUCGAUUUUCCUUUCCUUCUCGUCACUCGGAUCGAGGGAGAUUGUAUCAUACCAUCUUCGGACACUUGUGGCAAAAUCUCUGUGUCGUGGCGUCAAAUGCCAUGCUUCCGCGAUGAUCUCCGUUGACGCUCUAGGAGACCGAGGGCUUGCGUGUAACUCGAUAGCUGUUGUGGUCAUUAAACAUGUAACGCAGCGCAUGGAUGGUUUACACAUGUUACUACGGUUGAC